AUGAGCCAUCUUUACUCAUACUCAUUUGAGCGCAAUGCCGAUUGGAGUCGAGAGUAUCCAGGACAACAGGAGAUCCAGGACUAUCUCAUAGGCGUAGCUCACAAAUAUGAGCUCUACAGGCAUAUACGAUUCAAUUCGUCCGUUGAAGAGGCCCAUUGGAACGAAGAUAGGUUCAACUGGACAACCACGGUCCGUAGACAGGGUGAUAAAGAGAAAGAAGUCAGUGAAACUUACCAGGUCGAGUCUGACUUUCUCAUCUCUGCAACCGGCCAGCUCAGUCAACCUAAAUACCCCCACCUACCAGAGAUUGAGAAAUUUCAAGGCAAAAUCAUGCAUUCCGCUCGCUGGGACUGGAACUACAGCAUACGGGGGAAGAGAGUCGGUAUCAUAGGUACAGGCGCGACAGCAGCUCAAAUUAUACCAGAGGUUGCCCAAUCUUCCUCGUCCCUAUUGGUUUUCCAACGCAGUCCAGCUUGGGUGGUACCUCGUCACGAUCACCCUAUCAGUCAAAUUCGGCGCGCUUUAUAUAAAUACAUUCCAUUGGUACAGCAACAUUAUCGAGCUAGUAUAAUGGACGAGCGUGAAUCCAAAUUCGAACCAAGCUUCUACCCUAAGAGCACUAAGCAUGAGUUUGUAAAGCAGCUUUGUCAGAAACACAUGCUCAACCAGCUUCCGGGCGAAGCAAAUGCGUCUCUACGCCAACAAUUGACGCCAAAUUAUCCGUUCAGCUGCAAACGAAUUAUUGUCAGCGAUGACUUUUAUCCUACACUGCUGCGUCAGAAUGUAAGCUUGGAGACAAGCGCUAUCGUCAACGUCACUGAAAAGGGCAUCAAAUUGGCCAACGGAACCCAUCACGAUCUUGAUGUCCUAAUUCUGGCUACCGGCUUCCACAGUACGAACUUCCUCUCCGACAUUCGGAUAUAUGGCUCGAACGGAUAUCCUUUGCACUCAACCUGGUCAAAAGCUGGCGCUUCAGCGUACCUGGGGAUCACAGUACCCAAUCUUCCGAAUUUUGGCAUGCUCUAUGGACCUAAUACUAACAUAGCCUACAACAGCCUCAUAAUUCAGAUUGAAGCACAAUCACUGUAUCUCUCUCGAAUUGUUAGUAACGUACUAUCCGCGAAACGAAGUGGUAAGACUCUACGCAUCGAACCAAGGGCUGAUGUCACCGAUGCGUAUAAUCGUGCAAUUCAGAGUAAAUUGAGCGGAAGCACAUUUGCCGACACUCGAUGCAAUUCCUGGUUCAAGGACGAAAAGGGCCGGAUCACCAAUAAUUGGGCUGGUAGCGCGGUCGAGUACCAGCAACGCGUCCAGAGACUUGACUGGAGUGAUUAUGAAGUCUUGGGAACGGCGACCGGGGAUGUGCUGAAAAAAGGCGUCAUAAAGUGGAGUAGACGGAAGGAAGAAGGAGCUUGGAGUGCUGUAGAAUUGUCAACGGCGGCCGUGGGCAUGUUGGUAUUGGGAAUUCUGGGUCUGUGGUUUCAGCUUAGAUAA